UGCCAGAUACAACUUCCUUCCCAGACUGACCUGACCUGGAUACCCGCCAUGCACAACAGCACUGCCGGCACUCCGCACGCGGCUGCGACGUGUAACGAGACUUGGCCCACUCAGCCGCUGAGCUCCGAGUUCUCACUGGGUGUGUUGGUGCUGCUGGCUUUCCUCAUGGUGCUGCUGUGUGUGGUGACCAUCCUUGGAAACAUCCUGGUGAUCCUUGCUUUUGUUAUGGACAGAAACCUGAGGCAUCGGUGUAACUAUUUCUUUCUGAAUCUUGCUGUUUCUGACUUUGCAGUGGGUGUGUUCUGCAUGCCCCUCUACAUCCCUUACAGCCUGACAGGGAAAUGGCACUUGGGAAGAGGCAUCUGCAAGCUCUGGCUGGUUAUGGAUUAUCUCCUCUGCACAGCUUCAGUAUUUAACAUUGUUCUUAUCAGCUAUGACCGUUUCCUGUCAGUUACUAAAGCUGUAAGUACCCUGUAUAGAGCUUCUCUGUUGUCCAGCCCUGCCAUCCAGAUGGUGGCCAUCUGGGUCUUUGCCUUCCUCCUGUACUGCCCAGCCAUCCUGUUUUGGGAGCACCUGGCCGGACACAGCGUGGUAGCAGCGGAUCAGUGCUACGCCGAGUUCUUCGACAACUGGUACUUCCUCCUGUGUGCAUCCACCCUGGAGUUCUUUGUGCCGCUGCUCUUGGUGAGCUACUUCAACAUGCACAUCUUCCACAACAUCCAGAGGCGCCAGCGGCGUGGCAGCGUGCAGGGCUGUGAGCCUCCUGCAAGGAGCAGCAGCCUGUCCUGGAGGUUUUGUGGCUUGCCAAGGCCAGGGGCAUCAUCUCCUUCGUCAGAAGCAGAGGACAGUGUUUCUUCUUCCAUGAGACCAAAGAAAGAGUCUUUGGGAACAGACUGCUCAUCUCCAUCCAUACACAAUUCUGUAACCCCAGAAAAUGACUUCUCUGUUUCUUUCUGUACAACAACCAGAUCAAAACUGCAGCGGGACAAGAAAGCAGCAAAGUCUCUUGCCAUAAUUGUCUGUGUGUUUGCCAUUUGCUGGGCGCCAUACUCUUUAUUAAUGAUUAUUCGUGGGGCCUGCCAGGGAACUUGUGUCCAUAACUUCCUGUAUGAAGCAACCUUUUGGCUUUUGUGGAUCAAUUCUUCUUUGAACCCAUUUCUUUACCCUCUCUGUCAUGUUAAAUUUAGAAUGGCUUUUCUGAAGAUAUUAUGUCCCAAAAAGUUUGCAACAUUGAGAUCAGGUUCUUUUUAGAAGAAAAAAGAAAAACAAGGUAAUGAGGAGCUGCAUGAGGAAUGUAAGUAGCCACUGUUUGAAAAUAGAUUUAGUA